AUGUCGAUCCCCGGCUUGGGCCACCUUGUGGCGCCACAACCGACGUCCGCGAACCAAACCCGCACAAUCCGCCUCCAGCCCUUCUGGGAAUGGCGCUUCCAAGUCGCCUUCGACACCCAAAUCACCCUCAAACUCCUCUCCGGCACCGCCGAAAAAGACGGCACCGAGCUCGCCCUCCAGCACAUCUACACCUUUGCCGGCACCAGAUCCAAGAUCCUCACCCUGCAGGGAUGCGAGCUCGAGGUCGAGGGCGUGCUGGCUGAAGAGUCCGUCGCAGAGUACGCCAAACCACAAGACUCCCCCGCCAACUCGGUCCUGAACCUGCACUUCCAGCUCACCGCCAUGCGCCAGCGCGCCGCCGCCGAGAGGAGGGAAGGGCCAAGGAUCGCCGUCUGCGGGCCGCCGACGACGGGGAAGACGAGCCUGACGAGGACGCUGACGAGUUAUGCCGCGCGGGUGGGCGCGCAGCCGUUGGUGGUGAACACGGAUCCCAAGGAGGGGAUGCUGAGCUUGCCGGGGACGUUGAGCGCCAGCGUCGUCGGGUCGUUGUUGGAUGUCGAGGCUGUUGACGGGUGGGGUACGACGCCGACGAGCGGGCCGAGCCAGGUGCCGGUGAAGCUGCCGCUGGUGUACUACUACGGCCACGCGAGCUCUGAGGAGGACCCGGCCAAGUACAAGGAGCUCGUGAGUAAGAUGGCGGCGACGGUGACGUCGAGGCUGGGGCAGGAUCCCGAGGUCAAGGGGUCUGGCAUGAUAAUCGAUACGCAGGCCGUGACGGAGACCAACCAGGUUGGCAUGGAGAACUUUGUGCAUGUCGUGGAGGAGCUCUCAGUCAACAUCAUUAUUGUGUUGGGCUCACCAAGUCUCAACGCCGAAAUCACCAAGCGCUUCUCAACGGAAAGGACUAGCCUCGGCGAGAAUUACAGCAUCCUCCUCUUGGAAAAGUCAGAGGGCGUGGUUGAGCGCGACGUGGGCUACACACAGCAGGCCUGCGAGGCGUCCAUUAAGGAAUACUUCUUCGGUAGCAUCGGCCAGACGCUGAGUCCCGCCACGCAGCAAGUCGACUUUGAUAGCCUGGCGAUAUACAAACUAGGAGAUUAUUCCAUGUACGGCGGUGGCGCCGACGAGAGCCUGAUGCGCGUGGACCCCGCACAGGUCAUGGCCCAUUGGACGCUGGCGAUCGUCUAUGCCUCAGUCAAAGACUCACCGGAGACGAUACGGACGGCCAACGUGAUGGGGUACGUGUACAUUGCCGAUAUCGACAAGGAGAAGCGCAAGUUGAGGAUCCUGGCGCCGGUAAGUGGUCGGUUGGGAGAUAGGCCGCUGUUGAUGGGCAAGUGGCCGGAGCCGUUUAUCAACCUAUUGGGAUAG